AUGUUAUUCCUUUCAUUCAUCAUUUUGGUUAGCAACGCUGUAAUUGUGACAACAAUAACCUGUUUCAAUUGCGAGAGUGAUUUUCAGGGUGCGCUACGCUGCCAACAACCUUGCGAAGGCUCUCAAUGUGUAGUUUGGAAGUGGAAUUCCCGAUCAGAACUUGCAAUUAAACAAGGAUGUCUUCAAGGAGUUGACAAGCAGUGGACAGCUAAAGUGGGGUGUCGUACCAAUCACUUGGGCGCUUCACUUUGCGUUUGCGACGACGGUCCGCUAUGCAAUCGAGUUGAACGAGCGGAACAGACCGCUCGUCCUCUUCCUCAAAUUCGUCUUCCUGCUGUAGAAUGUCAAAGUAAAGUGAUAAGUAGCGGGUUCGUCGGACCUCGACGUGAGAAAGUAUGCACUUCCAACUACUGUCAUGUCACAAAAACGGAAACAUUUGCUGAAGAAGAAGGUCAGAAUUCUGAUGUAUUGAGUGUCUCGAACUGCGGAGAUUUACCAGAAUUCGAUUUCGACGUACGACUCAAAAACUCAAUAGGAUUCCAAGGACUCUAUUCGAAUGGUUGUUACCGGAUUCAAGUAGAAAAACGAUCGGCUAUGGUGGACUGUGUGUGUUCUAAGAAUAAGUGUAAUGAAGUGAUUCCGGAAAUCGAGACAGGACAUGUCAGAUGUUAUAUGGGAAAAGAUUUCAGAAAUACUAGUCAGGUAGAUUCUCAUGAAUUCUGCGAUGGUGAUUUCUGUCUGAUUCAAGAUGCUCAUGGAAGAGUGUCUAAAGGAUGUAUCUCAUUAAACGAGAGGAACAGUUGGAGUCAUUUGAAGAGUGGUCAUAGACGAAUUCUCGGUGUGGAGCAGUGGUUGUGUCAGGCUCAUUUGUGCAAUUAUGAUACUGAGAGAGCAAUGAAAUCAGUGAGAAGUAUGAGAGCAGGGAAGACGAAUUCUGGAAGUUUCUUCAAUUUUUCUGUCGGUUUCUUGACUUUCUUGAUAGUAUUGGUCAGUAGAUUUUUGUUAAUUUAG